GUUAAAUGUUUCAGUGUGUCUGCCCUAAAAUGGCAUUCCAAAAUUCCAAAAGCUCAGGCAGCUUUGAAUGUUCACCCUCUUGUCUGGCUACAAAGACUUAAUAGAAGUAGACUAGAAAAGUACUAGAAAACAAAGAAAUAACAGCAUUAAUUAUUUUUUCCACAUUUCGGUGCUCAGUUAAAGGUUUGCCACAUCUAAAUAUGACCAGUGGAAACGAACUAUUACUUGGGGAGAAUCUAGGAACCUAUCGGGGGGGGGGGGGGUGUUUUGAAGUUGGGAGUAGUACCCGGAUCUGUUUUGAUCCUAUUUAACUUAGAUUCCUGUGUCAUGUGAUUGUCCGAGGCCAGAGCUAAAUUAAAGUUGGUGUGCAGUCUGCAGACCUCCCCGCCAGAACGGCCUUACGUGUGUCCCAGCGCCUGGUGCAGUCAUGUGAUGCUGGUGAAAAUCAGAUUUACACAGCGGGAGGGGGUGACCUGCUCUAAACUCUGACUGAGUUCUCCUCUCUGGCCCUGUGCUCCAUUGGCUGAGCUGUGUUUCCCCCCUGGCCGUGCUCAGAUUUCUGCUCUUGGUUGUGUGCCUGAUGUGUGGAUGGGACACCUGUUGCACAGAUGAAGCACGCAUGGAUCAUACCAAUCACUGAUAUUAAUUAUGCGUGAUAAAUCAGUUAAUCUUCAGGCUCAUUAGGGCUGAGAUCACAGUAAACAAGUUUGGUCUUCCUCCACCUCCAUUCACUGGACAUGUGAUCAGCCCAGCGGUUGGUCAUCCUGACUGCCUGCCCUCACUUGGACAAGUCUCAAAGGAUUUGAACACAAGCCCCCAGAGGAAAAACUAAGCCCGAGUUCAUCAUCGACCAACCCAUAGAGAGUGGUUCAACAUGAACAUGAUGCCAGGGAAGACGCUGGACCUGUCCAGACUGACGGACGAGGAGGCCAAGCAUGUCUGGAAAGUCAUACAGAGGGACUUCAACCUGCGCAAAAAAGAGGAGAACAGGCUUGGAGAUUUGAAGACUAAAAUCGAGAAGGAGGAGACCAAAACCGAGCUGUUGGGGUCCCAGUCCAAUCUGUCAGAUUCUCUCUGCAUACGAUGCCUUCAGCCCUUCAAGUUUCUAGUGAACAGCAAGCGUCAGUGCCUGGACUGCAACCUCUUCGCCUGCAAAGCCUGCAGCCGUUACAACAAGAAAGAGCUCGGCUGGGUGUGUGAUCCCUGUCGAAUGGCCAGAGUUUUAAAGAUCGGCACACUGGAAUGGUACCAUGAGAAUGUGAGAUCUCGUUUCAAGCGUUUCGGCAGUGCGAAAGUGAUGAGAUCCCUGUACAAGAGGAUCAGUUCAGAACGCACCCGCUCUGAAACUGAUCUAAGGGAGCCACGUGAGGAUGACACUCACAGUAUGCCAGACGUCUAUGGUAGGUCAUAUGGCCAUGACGAGGAUCAUUCAGACUCUCAGGAGAGAGAAAACUGCAAACUGAAGAGGAAAUCCAAACGCCUUCUUCCUGUAGAUCCUCUUGAUUUUGAUCCCGAGUACUCUACAUACUCCCGACGCCACUCUUUCCAGGACAAUGGGAGCUUGGAGAAUCUGGCACCGGCUGAGUCAGCAAAUGUGGAGAAGGACUUGGCAUCAGUCUUCCAACAGAUUCAGAGCUGCUUCGGGCCCGGGUCAGACUAUGACAGUCAAUGGGAUCGGGAGAGAAUUGCACACUUUGAUGAUGGUAUGUAUCCUGAGCACAGGAAAAAACGUGGACAGUCCCACAUGAAGCACAGGCACUCUUACUGCGGAAGCAGCAGCUACUUCCCAUUUUAUGAGAAACCCCAGAGCCUAGACGAUCCCUCAGAAAAGGAUGAAAACGUUUACCUGUACCAGCCGCUCAUGCACAGGAGCAGCCAGGCGUCCCUGGAAGAGGACCCCGCUCACGUGCCUCCGCAACAGAUAUUCGAGAUAAAUAAGCGCAUGUCAGCCAUUGAGACUCUUCUUAACCGUCUGGAACAUAAGAUGACUACAGAUAUACCACCGGUGCCUGUUCAGCUGACAGCAGCAGACCUGGAAGAGGAAAAGCUGAGAAAGAAACUUAAUGAAUUGACAGGCAACAUCAGUGACAAGGGUCUGUCCUCAGAUGAGGAUGAGUUCAAACAUGUUGAGUACGAACCACCCCGAAAGAUAGAAUCUCCCCAAAGGUUGGAAUCUCCAAGGAGGGCUGAAUCCCCCCGAAGGGUAGAAUCUCCACGAAAGACUGAGUCUCCGAAAAGGAUGGAAUCUCUUUGGAGGAAUGGAUCUCCCCGAAAGAAUGGAUCUCCUCAAAAGCCUGAACCUUAUAAGUCUUGCCUGAAAACAGACAGGUCAGCAGACCUGGCCAACCCACUGAAGGAGACUGUGAAGCGUCGCCAAAGUGCCACCGCACAGUUUCAGCUCGCUGACCUCGAGGACCAAGUGGCACUGGCGGCAGCCAAGGUCCAGAACACUGAGAGUGAGAUGUCUGACAUCCAAAGCAGAAUGGCUGUGCUGAGUGUUGGCGGUCCAGAGAAGCCCUGGAGGAGGCCACAACAGCACAGACGGCUCUCCCAAGAUUUUCCAAUGAAAUCCAGUGGCUCAGUGUCUCGCAGGAAAUUAAGCAUCCUUUGAGCAGGAGAGGGAGAGGACCAUUUACCAUCAUGCUGGAGCAACAGAAGAAGCCUGCUUUCACUUCUCGUUCUAUCUGCACUAAUAUGAGUUUUAGGAAAUCAACGCUAACUAAUGUAUAGACAACAUCCUCUAAAUGUUUUAAUUACAACAACCUAAUUAAUAUAUAAUUGUGCAUUACACAUAUUGAAUUGUUGCAUUGAGUCUUUGCAUGCAUGUAUGUACACCUGACACUUACUCGGUACUAAACAAGAGUUAAUUCAUAAAAUAUUAAACAAUUUGAUUUGCAAGUGUUUUUUUAUUUUAUUUUAAAGGAUGGGGAUGUACCAGAUUAAGCCACUUCAAUUCCAAACUUUUAUAUAUCCCAGAGGGCAUAGUAAUAGCCAUUCGAAGGCCUUGUGGGGUCUUGUAGGAUGGAGUUGUCUUUCUGGAGUGUUAGCUGAUCAUGCAGUGAGAUCAGAGACCAGAGGGGGUGGAAGGUGUUCACAGUCUUCUAGAGGCACUUCUUGUUUAAUGUUGUGAGAGAGUAGAACCAGCAGAUUGAUGAGAGUUAUCAUGCUCUCGAUGAAGGAGUUGUAAAACGUUGAGAAUACUCCUGUGUACCCUAAAGGAGGUAAGCUUCCUCAGGAAAUACUUCCUAGUAGACAGUUUCAGUUGUAGUUAGUUCCAUCAGUAACCCAUUGGUACUGCUGAAAUAUGUUACUGUUUAUUUUACUGAACUAUAUCACUGAAGCCUACAUAAUAGAAAAAAGUUGUCAUUAGUCUACUGGGUGGGAAUCAGAUCACAGGUAAGCCAACCCUCUCUGGACAAAGGACAUUGUGGAUGUUCAGACCAGAUAAAAAAAAUAAAAA